ACGAUGACAUCUAAGAAUGUUUGGCAUGAGGAACGUUCCAUUGCUGCUGCUGGUGUUAAUGCAGUUGCUCCACGCUUGCUCUGCACUGGAUAAUGGACUGGCUUUAACGCCACCCAUGGGUUGGAUGUCUUGGCAGCGCUUUCGAUGCAUCACCGAUUGUGAUACGUAUCCAGAUGAGUGCAUAAGCGAGCAAUUAUUCAGACGCAGUGCCGAUCUACUUGUGUCGGAAGGCUAUGCUGAUGUGGGCUAUGAAUAUGUUAUCAUAGACGAUUGUUGGCUGGAGUGGAAUCGAGAUAACAUGACAAACAAGCUUGUACCAGAUCGGAAACGUUUUCCCAGAGGCCUCAACGUUCUGGCUGAUCAUAUACACGACAAAGGACUCAAGUUUGGGCUGUAUCAGGACUUUGGCACAAAGACCUGUGCUGGCUACCCAGGUGUGAUCGACCACAUGGCACUCGAUGCCGAAACCUUUGCUAAGUGGGAUGUGGACUAUGUGAAGCUGGAUGGCUGCAAUGCCAAUCUUAGCGACAUGGAAACGGGCUAUCCAGAAUUCGGACGACUGCUGAAUGAAACGGGCAGACCGAUGGUCUAUUCGUGCAGCUGGCCUGCCUAUCAAUCGGAACAGCCUCACUUUGAGUCAUUGAAGCGCCAUUGCAAUCUCUGGCGAAACUGGGCUGAUGUCCAGGAUUCAUUUCAGUCUGUUAUGGCUAUAACGGAUUACUUUGCCAAAAAUCAGGAUAGCAUGCAGCCACACGCCGGACCAGGGCAUUGGAACGAUCCAGAUAUGUUGAUUUUAGGCAACUAUGGCCUUAGCUAUGAUCAGAGCAAACUGCAAAUGGCCAUUUGGGCUGUGCUGGCGGCGCCUUUAAUAAUGUCCAAUGACUUGGCCAAGGUGCGACCAGAAAUUAAGGAGAUAUUACAGAAUCGUGAUGUGAUUGCUGUUAAUCAAGAUCCUUUGGGCAUACAGGGUAAACGAUUGCUUAUAAAGAAAAAAAUUGAGGUCUGGAGUCGACCAAUCGAACCUAAAAUCAAUGGAGAAUACUCUUAUGCUAUAGCAUUUGUUAGUCGCCGCGUGGACGGAUCUCCUUUUUCCAUAACAUUUACGCUUAAGGAGCUUUCGCUAUUCAAUGAUAAUGGCUACAUCGUUCAGGAUUUGUUUGAAAGGAACAACAAAAUGGGCGUCUUUCGUAAGGAUACUAAAUUCAAAACACGCGUUAUACCUAAUGGCGUCAGCUUCUAUAAAUUUACAGCGCUGUGAGGAGAUACGAAGCAGCUGAGCUCCAGAUCACGAGCAGUUAUUUCCACAUGUCCACAUAUACAUAUGUAUAAUAAUAAAAAACGGUUUAAAAUGUA